GGUGCUGCAGAUGUCCCUUAUGGGAUCUACGAGAAGAUCGCUGUGCUCAGCAGGACAAGUCCUCCUCCUCCUUCCCAGGAACCUUGGGUGCUGCACUGACGGCCGGGACGCCUCGCAGCGAGGAUGGCCAAUUGUGAGUGGUGGGUGCCUGUUGCCACCUCGGCUGUAGCCCUGGUGCUAUACGCUCUGCUCUUACUGCUCCUUUACAUCAUGCUCAGCAGGAAAAUAGACAGCCACUCCUGCAGCAAGGAGGCGAGCAGCCGUCCUGCACCACAGCCCCAGCAGCCGCCGACCUCUUCGGCCGGAGGGGAAGGGGCGCAACGACCGGCCUACGCAGGUGGUGACGUGGCCUGUUCGGACGGGAGCAGCGAGACAUCUUCGGAGACCUCGGAGGAGUCGGAGAGCAGCCCCUCCGGCACACAGGGCCCUCGGUCGCCUGAAAACCUCAAUUACACGUCCCUGCUCUUCCCGGGGAAGGGCCACGGGCCGGGCUCCGCCAGGGACUACGAGAACAUGAAGACGGGCGCGGACUACGUCAACGUGGACCCAAAGAAGAAGAAAGUGGAUUUCUGGGCCUGCUCCAGCCCUGUCGCCUCCAAAUCCAUCGAGUACACGGAGGUGAAGCUGUGACUCCCGGGACACCCCUGGGGGCCAUGGCGGUGCCAUCGGGGUUCCGCUGCCGCUGCCCCACGGUGCCUGCAGCCCCCGGCAGCCAAGCAGCCAGGGAUUUCCCUUCCCACCGCCCUGAUCAGACCUGGCACGGUCUGAAGCCUGAUGGUUUUUAUCCCUUGUGAUGCCGCAGCCCACUGAGAGAUUUGCUUGGUGCUGUACGUGUUGGCACCACCGCCCCCCAGGGCUGCGGAUGUGGGACGGUGCGGGGCUGCCCCACACCCCGCUUCAGGGAAAUGUUCCCUCCCCAGGCCAAAAUGUGCUCUGCACUUGUACUUGAAGGCUGGUUUUCUCAUCUCCUGAAAGCAAAUGAAUUCCCGUUCCCCCAUGGGAUGUUGUUC